UUUAGAGGUGUUAGGUCCGUCAAACACUUCGGGGAAACAGAUGCAUCCGGGAUGAAGAUGACAUGCAGCUCUUAUAAAUUCACAUCUGGAUUUACUCGCACAUCCGAUGUAAUAGUUGAGUCCUACACGAUGUCACUGAAGCAGGGUGUUGAGGUAUUGGUGACACUACUGCUACUGAAUGCAACUUACCGAUGCAGUGCCUUGAUUAACCUAGCUAGAGGCAAGCCAGCAACAGCGAGCUCUGUUUAUGGGCCACUGCCUGGAGUUGCUGCAGACGGUCUCCCCUACACUGACUGGAAACACGGCAGUUGCUUUGCUGUGAGAGAAGGAGACAAUCAUCCCUGGUGGCAAGUCGAUUUGGAAGCUUAUUCGAGGAUUAUUGACGUUGCUGUGACAAGCAGGAGUGAUUGUUGUCCUGAGAGACUACAUGACUUCACAAUUGAGGUGUUCACCAAGAAUCCUGCCACUGAAAUUGGCACGAGGGCUACAGUGUGCGGAACCUACAAUGGAGCAGUCACAGUGCCAGGACAGACGGUCAAUGUAAAAUGCAUCCGGUCUGUAAAAGGACGAUAUGUCCGACUGAAGGGGAGGAAGAAUGGUUCAGGCGACCUCCUUCAGUUCUGCGAGGUCAAGGUUUUCGGAUCCAUUGUUGAUGGUGUACACAAUGCAGCCAAGUUCAACCUAGCUAGAGGCAAGCCAGCUAUAGCGAGCUCUGUUUAUGGGCCACUGCCUGGAGUUGCUGCAGACGGCCUCCCCUACACUGACUGGAAACACGGCAGUUGCUUUGCUGUAAUAGAAGGAGACAAUCAUCCCUGGUGGCAAGUCGAUUUGGAAGCUUAUUCGAGGAUUAAUGACGUUGCUGUGACAAGCAGGAGUGAUUGUUGUCCUGAGAGACUACAUGACUUCACAAUUGAGGUGUUCACCAAGAAUCCUGCCACUGAAAUUGGCGCGAGGGCUACACUGUGCGGAACCUACAAUGGAGCAGUCACAGUGCCAGGACAGACGGUCAAUGUAAAAUGCAUCUGGUCUGUAAAAGGACGAUAUGUCCGACUGAAGGGGAGGAAGAACGGUUCAGGCGACCUCCUUCAGUUCUGCGAGGUCAAGGUUUUCGGAUCCAUUGUUGAUGGUGUACACAAUGCAGCCAAGUUCAACCUAGCUAGAGGCAAGCCAGCUACAGCGAGCUCUGUUUAUGGGCCACUGCCUGGAGUUGCUGCAGACGGCCUCCCCUACACUGACUGGAAACACGGCAGUUGCUUUGCUGUAAUAGAAGGAGACAAUCAUCCCUGGUGGCAAGUCGAUUUGGAAGCUUAUUCGAGCAUUAUUGACGUUGCUGUGACAAGCAGGAGUGAUUGUUGUCCUGAAAGACUACACGACUUCACAUUGGAGGUGUUCACAAAGAACCCGGCCACUGAACACAGCGCCAAGGCUACACUGUGCGGAACCUACAAUGGUGCUGUCACAGUGCCAGGGAAGACGGUCAACGUAAAAUGUGUCCGACCUGUGAAAGGACGAUAUGUUAGACUGAAGGGGAGGAAGAAUGGUACAGGCGACCUACUACAGUUCUGCGAAGUCAAGGUGUUUGGUUAUGUGUCCUAAGACACUAUGCUGUACGUUUGCAGAAGCCACUGCCGAUAUAAUAAAAGUGUGCUGACA